AUGAGUAUUAGAUAUGAUGAGAAAACUACUUCCAUACAAAUAUAUUUUCCAAAUGAUUUGAAGAAAUAUUUUAAACAUGACAAUGUCUAUCUACUAGGGUACGAAUUGAACAAUGUUUACAUAAUUCUAGACUGUGUUGAAGAUAAAAUAGUCGAAAUUAAAGACAUAAAAAAUUCAUUAGACUUAAAGAUAGUUGGAUCAAUUAAUAAUAAACAAACUAACAAGCUACCCAUUCAAUUACAUUAUGAUAAAUCAAACAAUCAAUUUAUAAGUUCAAUCAAUUGCAUGACAAUCAACUUUGAUCCUCCAAACUUCAAAAAUCUAGAAUAUUUUUCAAUCGAGCCAAUUCUUUUACAGUCCAUGGGAGAAUCCAAGUCUAAAACAAACUCAUUAAUAGAUUCAAAAUUAAAAUUCUAUCAACCAGCAAAGGUAAUUGAUCCAGCAAAUCUAUCAGUAUCAGAUGAUCAAGUUUUGGAGAAAAUCAAUCAAAUUCAUCGAAAUAGAUUAUUAUUUAAGAAAAUAAAAAGAAAUGGCACAAGCUUAUUGAAUUUGAUAUUCAAGCUUGUCAUUACUUGGUUUGUAAUCCCACUAGUAAAAUUAAUACAAUCAUUCAUUAUCUCAUUAAUACAAUUUAUAAAUACACCAAUAUUUGGACCAUCUUUGGUAAAAAUAUCCAAAGUAUUCCGUCAAUUUGAUUUAAGACUAAAGCAAUUUAAUUAUUUCCCAAUUCAAUUUUUAUGUUAUUACGACCGAAGUAUAUUAUAUCAGCAAAAUUCUCCAAUAAUUAAAGAUUUGAAACUACCAAUAUUUAACAAUAAUCUUAAUAUUAAUAAUUCAAAUUACAUUAAUCUAUAUAAUUCAUUAUGGCUAAUUUUCAAUGAUAUACUACUAGGUUGGUCAAUUUACACAAUACUAGUCACUCGUCAGGAAAAGAUAUUCAACUUUAUUGACUCCACUAUUUUGGACAAAACAUUAUUCAAAGAUAUGAUGUCAUUAAUUACUUGGGUAUCAAGUAAACAUCCAGCAGGUUUUAAAUUAAAUACAGAUUUAGGUCAAUUUUUUGGGGAAUUAUAUAUAUGGACGAUAAUGUUUUGGAAAAAUCAUGUACAAAGUUUAACUAUCUUCCAAAAUAAAUCGACAUUGUUGUUUAUUCUGAAAAAUUUAUGUUUUUAUGGUGGUGCUUCUUUUUUCAUUUGCUUUUUAAUUGAUUUAAUUAGUUUGUUGACUUUUCACAUAUUUGCAUUUUAUUGUUGUGCUGCAAAAGUUUAUAAAAGACAAAUUGAAAUUAUAAAAUCUUUAUUUCAAUUGUUUCGUGGUAAAAAAUAUAAUGUAUUAAGAAAUAGAAUUGACAAUUUAAAUAAUUAUGAAACUGGUGAUAUUUUUGAAAUUGAUCAAUUAUUACUUGGUACUUUGUUGUUUAUGAUAAUGAUUUUUUUACUACCUACAAGUUUUGCAUUUUAUUUGAUGUUUUCAAUUAUACAUAUAAUAACAUUAAUGAUUUAUAAUUUAUUAGAGAACAUUACAAUUAUAUUAAAUUUCACACCAAUAUUUGUUUGUUUGCUUAAAUUCAAAAAUUCAAAAAGAUUACAAGGUGGUAUUAAAUUUGAAUUUGUUAAAAAUGAAAACAACAUAAGUUUUUUAAAUUUAUCAAAUAAAUCAUUGACUUAUCUGGAAAUUUUCGUCAAUUUUAUAAAGUUGUUUAAAAGAGCUAAAAAUUUCAGAGAUUCGAUAUUGCCAAAUCUAGUUUCUGGUGAUAUUAUAAAUUUCAAAUAUGAUUAUAAUCUAAAGUUCAUGUAUUUGAUGUUACCAGAAGAAUAUACUGAAACAACUAGCGUUUGGAGAUAUGUUAAGUAG